ACACACUUAUGGACUCUUUCACCGACGAGGCGAAGCUCUUCAUCGGUGGCAUAGCCUGGGACACGACGGAGGAGCGCCUCCGAGACCAUUUCAGCCACUACGGCGAGGUUGCUCAUGCCGUCGUCAUGCGCGACAGAGUCACCUCUCAGCCCCGCGGCUUCGGCUUCGUCGUCUUCUCCGAUCCCUCCAUUAUCCCUUCUGUCCUCCAGCAAACGCACAACAUCGACGGCCGUACUGUUGAAGCUAAGAGAGCAAUGUCAAGAGAACAACAGCAGACUAUGAAAACCGGAAGCAAUAGUUCUGGAGGAAAUUUUGUAGGGUCUGAUAAUCUUAAAAGCAAGAAGAUAUUUGUAGGAGGGUUGCCUUCUACCUUAACUGAAGAUGAGUUCAGGGGAUAUUUUCAAGAUUUUGGUAGUGUAACUGAUGUAGUGAUCAUGAAUGAUUCAAAUACUGGCCGACCACGUGGGUUUGGUUUCAUCAGCUUUACCACAGAAGAUUCUGUUGAUAGAGUUCUCCAAAAGACAUUUCAUGAGCUGAAAGGAAAGCUUGUUGAGGUAAAAAGAGCACUUCCCAAAGAUGCAGUCACAGGUGCUGGUUCUCGUGGAAAUUCCAGAGGCUACGGUUCACACUUUUCAAGUAAUGAAUCAUACAAUAGUCCACUUCCAAGCAGUAGAAUGUUACAGCAAACACAACCAACAAAUGGUGGCUAUCAGCCAAAUCAACCAACAAGUGGUGGUUAUCAACAGGGACAGCCAACAAGUAUUGGUUAUCCACCUUAUUCAGUUUACGGAGGUGCAAGCUAUGGUUAUGCAGGAAAUAGCAAUCCUGGCUAUGGUGCUUAUGGUGGCUAUGAUGUCGGUGGUCAUGGAAGUGCCAAUGCUGGCUAUUCUGGUCCAGCAGGAGUUUAUGGGAACCUAGGUUCACCAAAUACUGAUUUCUUGAAAAAUCAAUGGAGUAGCCAACAAGCUGGUUAUGGUGCCUCUGGAUAUGGUCAAACUGGUAACUAUGGGGCUUCUGUUCCUUGGAGCAAUGCAUCAAGAAGUGGUGCCAGUGGUUAUGCACAGGCAGGAAGACCUCCGAGUGGUGCUUCUCAAUAUGUUAAUAAAGGGUAUAACUUUAAUGGGUAUGGGGACGAUGCAUCUCAUGCCUAUGGUGGUGGGAAUGCAAUGCAUCCCGAUGCUAGUUGGAAACCAGAAAAUUGAAAUUCCCAGUGAUGAUGUGCUUGGUGACCAGUGAGCUUUGUUUGGAGUUUGUAUCGAGCCUGUAUUUGCAGUUUGCUUAAAUUUAGUCGUAUUAUCUUUUUUUACAUUAUUUCUAAAUUAUGAAUCUAGACACAAAUAAUAGCGAUUUUCCAGACCUUUGUUUUGCUGCUAAUAUAGUUAUUCGGUUCAAAAUUUGGAGUGAAA